UCAAUCCCGCGGUGCGACUUCAGUAGGCUGGCGGACUUCCUUCAAUAUUAUUUCUGGGGGAGCGGGGUAAAAGUACUAAAAAAUGUUGCCGAUCCACAACACUGGGAUGGACUGAAUGGAGGCAACGCUGUCAGCGAGCGGAGAUAAUAAAUCCGUCUACAGUCAAACGCGACACACACCGAGCGGCUUGUUGAGUUCUCCGUAAACGUCCAGCCCUCGGCCUCCCCAUGCCUCCAUCUCCUCUUGACGACAGAAUUGUGGUGGCGCUGCCAAGGCCGAUCCGACCUCAGGAACUCCAACUGCGCCUGGACACCAGCUACCUGGACUCCAUCGCCACCAGCAGCAGCAGCAAGACAGUCAUCAGCACCACCGUGGUGAAGAUCCGGGCGACGGCCAAUCUUGUAACGUAUAUGCCCUCAUCCAAGGGCUCCACGCGCUCGUUGUCGUGUGGAUGCAGCAGUGCCAGCUGCUGCUCUGUGACUACCUAUGAGAAGGACAGCCAGAGCCUCAGCCACAGCCAGGUGAGCGCCAGCAGCCCCAACCUCAGCUAUGCCGGGCCCCCCACCCCAAUGGUCAGCAACCAUGAAGCAUUAAGCGCGCCCAGUCUCAUCCCGGGAACUCCAAAGGCUGUAUCCACCGUGAGGGUCAUCCAUCCCAAUGAGCUGGCCAAGCGGAUGACCUGCUGCCCCAUGGGACACCCUGUAGGGCCCAUGCCGGUCAUCAUCGACUGCCGGCCCUUCAUGGAGUACAACAAGAGCCACAUCCGGGGGGCCGUUCACAUCAACUGCUCCGACAAGAUAAGCCGGCGGCGGCUGCAGCAGGGCAAGAUCACUGUGCUGGACCUCAUCUCCUGCCGUGAGGGCAAGGACUCUUUUAAGGGCAUCUUCUCCAAAGAGAUAGUGGUUUAUGACGAGAGCACCUCGGACCCUAACCGGCUGACAUCCUCCCAGCCUCUACAUGUGGUCCUGGAGUCACUGAGGAGGGAAGGCAAAGACCCGAUCAUCCUCAAAGGAGGCCUUAGCUCCUUCAGGCAGAGCCACGAGAACCUGUGCGAGCACUCGCUGCACCUUCACGAGGGCUUGGACACGGGCGCAGCUGCUGGCCUGACGGGGGCGCUACCUCACUCCCUGCCCUCCACCCCGGACAUAGAGAACGCAGAGCUGACGCCAAUCCUGCCCUUCCUCUACCUGGGGAACGAGCACGACGCUCAGGACAUCAACCUGCUACAGCGCUUGAACAUUGGCUACAUCCUAAACGUGACCACCCACCUGCCGCUCUACCACUAUGACACGGGCCUCUUCAUCUACAAGCGCCUGCCCGCCACGGACAGCAACAAGCAGAACCUGCGCCAGUACUUCGAGGAGGCGUUUGAAUUCAUCGAGGAAGCACAUCAAGCAGGUAUGGGCCUUCUGAUCCACUGCCAGGCAGGCGUGUCUCGGUCAGCCACCAUCGUGAUAGCCUACCUGAUGAAGCACACCUGGAUGACCAUGACAGACGCUUACAAGUUUGUCAAAACCAGGAGGCCCAUCAUUUCCCCAAACCUCAACUUCAUGGGCCAGCUGCUGGAGUUUGAGGAGGACCUCAACAACGGAAUAACGCCACGAAUCCUCACACCAAAGCUGAUAGGUGUGGAGACCGUCGUCUAAACGAACCCCUUGUCUGACCUGACGCUCAGACUUAAACUCACUCUCGCUGUUUUUCAAGAGAGACCAGCUGGUUUGAAUCGUGAGCCGCUGUAUUCUUCUUGAAUCUCCUCACACUCAUAUUGGACUCUCUUGAGUGCCAAAGCUCUGGGUCAGUGGUGAUGAGAAAUGCCAAAAAUCCCUACUGUUUGGACCUGGCCGAUGUCCCGGAGGAGAAGAUGAGUUAGAGAGAUAGAGAAAGAGGAAGCGGUCAGUGGGAAGAUUUCCAUUUGUGACCGCAGAGGAGCAAAUAUGAGGGAAAAGAAAAAUCGUUUUGGAAAAGAUAUUCAAUGUGCUUACGGGCAAUUACUGACAAGAGAAACUCUUAAAGCUCACACUGUGGCACACAGUUUAUGUUUGCGGACUCAGGCGGGGUUGGCCACGGCAGUGCCUGUCAAAAAAAAAAAAAAAAAAAGAUGAAGACAUGUUUGGUGUGUUAAUGUUGUUGUUCUAUUUUUAUACAGGGGUUUAUGGGGUUGACCAUGACGAGCCCACAGCGGCUUACUGUGCAAUAAUUUCAGAGUGGAAUGCAACUGAGACCUUGAUCUUAUGUGUAUAUAUGGGUAAUAAUUACGAAACAUUUCCAGCUCUUUGCUGAAAUACCAUUUUGAUGUUAAUGUAAUUACUGUUGUUCAGUUCUGUACGUUUAUGUUUAGGGUGAAGAUGGUUAUGCUGUAAUAUUUGGCGCAGAUGUGUACGAGAGACAGAAAAAAAAUGGGGCUUUUUUUUUUGAGCUUAUGGGUUUAUGUCAGUCGAACCACAAAUUCAUAUUUCAUGUGUUUGCUUCAGUAUUUUCGUUUUGCCAUUCCUGCAUCUGCAUAUGCAUAUAUUUUAGCAAUAUACAUAUCUAUGUAUAUUACCUGACAGCCAUAAGAGCUUUUUUUAAUGCAUGGCUGCUGGCAGAGGUAAGAACACUUUGAAAUAAUCAGUGAAUAUUAUAAAACAGGGCUACUGGUGAUGUUUAAUGUAACAGAGCGGAGGAAUUUCACUGCCUGUUUCUGUCUCCUCUGCUCUUUUUGCUCCAAUUCAUUCAUGAACCAGCUCUGUUGUGACGUACUUCACUGUUUUACCGUCCCUGCGUAGCUACAUAUUCUGUUUUCGUCUGUGCCCUACAUUUUGAGCUAUGAUUUAGUCCAUUCUAAAGUAGCAGAGUUGAGGUACACACUUCAAACGGUUUAGUUUGACAGCGGUUGUACAGUACAGCAGCGUGACCCUCGUUUAAGCGUUUGCAACUCGCUGACACUAAGCUACAGUUAAGUGAGCUCUACUGCCUUACGAAGGCAAGAGCUGCUGUCACGUGCUGUUCUAGUGCCUCUAUCAAUGCCUUAAUUCAUGUGUCACCAGUGGGCCUGCGCAUGGUACACUCAUCACGUGCAGAUGAAUGCAGAUCACACCGAGGUCGAAUUUGAGCUCCCAGACAACAGCAAGCUGCUCCUGUUUGUCUCUGUGCAACAUGCAGAUUUAACUUUUCAAACAUUAUUUCUGCAGCUCCUGAUUAAUAUGCAGAAUUUUACAGAAUUGCAUUCAGAGAUGCUAAAAAGCCUUGAGGUGAAAAUGCUCAUUAUGUAACGGAUCUCGUGGCGGCAUUUGAAGGAGAAACUGAGCACCACCGUGAAUUGUAAAUCAACUCGGCACUAAAUAGCAGUGGAGUAAAAGUAUAUGCACGCACACAAAGUUUACCCUCACCCUGUUGCAUCUGACUGUAUUCAGCUUUGACUCAUAUUACAACAAACAUAUAUAGAUAAAUAUAAUGAGGAGGAAAGGAUUAAAAAAAUCUGAACUUGCUAGUGCUACUUCUUCAUGCCUUCAUUCUUAUCCAAACCACAGAUUUUUGAAUUCUUGGUGAACAGAAUCUAAAUUUUGCACAUAAGCCAAGUUAGUUUUUACACAUUUGGCUCUCUCAGCUGUUGACGGUUUUAGUGGUGAUUAUAAAAAGGGAAAUUUUUAAGUACCCAUGUGGGAUGCAUGUGUUUUAAGGCGUAGUUCUCUUGUCUUUUCAAUCACUUGUAUACAACUGAGCACACAGUAUAAACACCUUGUUGACUGUGUGCAUGUACAUAAAAAAAUAAACUGAGCAUUUAAACAGCCUUGAGUGCCCAAAAAGGUCCUUUUGAAGAAGCCUUGUUUUAGCUUGAAAACAAGAAUUUGAUAAAUCCAAGGGCUGAUUAAGUUUUUCCAAGACAUAAAGGAGCAUGUAGUCCUUCAAAUGAAGUUAAAACAUGAAGUUCCAAGGUCUUCAUCCAGUAUUUUAUUGUUCUUAGCAAGCUGACUUAAAGCAGCUUCCUCACAAAUGGUUCCUGUUCUGUUUAAGUUCACAUGUUCUUUUGGUUUCUGUUCAGCUCUCCAUUGUUUGCAUGAAAAUAAAGGCAUAAAAUGAAGCACAGGGCUAAAAAUAUCAUUGUCUAAGUACCAAAACUGACAUUUGUUUUGUGAUAUUCUGUGAACCAUUAUAUCUUCAAUACUGAACCCGAAACGAUCAUGUGUCUCUGUCAGUAAGAUGAAGGGGAAUGUAAGGAGUUUUCAUAGCGUAAUGAACACAAAUACACAGUGCACUCAGUAAGGCUUUACAACACCGACAUUCACAACAAUAAGCUUCAAAAAUCCCUCAUGUGAAAAUUCAUGCUAUGCAAAAUGAAACUGUAACAGGUUGUUUCUUUACCCAGCUGUCAUGAAAUCGUUUUGUGAGGUCUCUGCGAACGUUUCGAGCAUGAAUAACAAGUUUGCAGCCUCAGACUGAAGUGAGUUUUAAGCGUGACCUAUCAACAAAGAAGUUUAAAAAAAAAAAAGAAGUUUGUGUGCCGAUGUGUCCUCACUUGUAUUUUUGUUGCUAUCGUCAUUGGUGUCUACUGGUGCUCCACGAUAUAUCUGAAUAUGAUAAAGAGGUAUACGAUAACCAUUUACCACAUGUUUGUAGCUUGUGUAUUUAUAUUCAGUGAUUACCAUUUGCCAAAAGAAAAAGAAAAGAGUGCUUAUCAUCUGAGCCAAUGUUAUAUAAGAAUAAUGUACCUUUUCGUCCCAUCUGCCGGUUCCUACAACCGUGGCGGCACAUGGCUUUUGUAUGUAAUGAUCGAUUUGACUGAACAAUGUAACCGUCGUACUGUACAUCACUCUCUCUGGUUGGAAAAGAAGCAUGAUGUGUGCUCCUGGUCUGUGAGGGACGCUCGCAGUCAUUAUGGUGCUGUCUGUCUUUCCCACACUGCUCUUUCUGUAGAGGUCACAACCUGAUUGACAGCUCCUAGAGGCAUCUGGGUCUGUUCCCUUUUAUUUGGAAACACGGUUCUGCGUUAGAACAAUAUCAAGCUGUCAUGUUUGAUGUGCACUCUUUACGACUAGACUUGUUUAAGAGUCUCUGCUUUGGGCUCAGAGGCUCCGGUGGAAAUGGGCUUCGCUCUACAAGUCUCUGUAUCUUUCUUUGUGUCUGUAGUCAACGGUCAAGUAUAUACAGUAUAUAAAUAUAUAUAUAUAUAUAUCUAUUUUCUUUGUAUGCAUAUAUUCAUUACUAUUUUUGCACUGACCUACGGACAGAUGGAUUUAUUUUUUUCCACAAAGGGUGCUAUUAUAACGGAGGCCUUCUCCCACACCUUUUUGCAUGACUUGCUCAAAAUUCCUCAACUGGUCUGUCAUCUCUCCUACUCUUCUCCUACUACUCCUUGAACUGUUGCAAUUGAAGCACUGUAAUUUUGUAAUCCCUACUUGUGAGCUUUGAAAUAAACAGGGAGGCUUCAAGUUUG